AUGAAGUGCCUGGUGCUAGUUGUUUUAGCUGUUGCGGCAGCCAACGCGGCGCCUAAGCCGAUUGGUGUGAGUGGACUAAUGAAUGGUGGCUUAGGUAUCGGCGGGGGCUUUGACGCUGGUAUCCGAGGUGGUGGUAGCCAGUUCGCUCAAGGAGGACAAUAUGGAAACUCUGCCUUCGGGACUGGUAGUCAGGGUUACGGCAAUGAAGGCUUCCAGCAAGGAGGCGCCUCGAUGGGUUACGACAGAGAUCACCAAGAAAGUAGCUUCAGUUCGAUGACGCAAGGUCACCAGUCAUCGAGUCACGAACGCGGGGGAUCCCAGCAAUACGGCAGUGCCGGAGGCAGCAGCGGAGGUUUCGGAAACUUCGCUGGUGGACAGAACAAUUUCGGCAGCGGCUUCAGUGGCGGCUCGAGCGGAUUUUUAGGCUAA